CGGGGCCGGGCCCCGCGCAGGCGCGGCGGCGGCGGCGGCCAUGUCGGUGCAGGAGGACCCGGUGCAGCGGGAGAUCCACCAGGACUGGGCCAACCGCGAGUACAUCGAGGUGAUCACCAGCUCCAUCAAGAAGAUCGCGGACUUCCUCAACUCCUUCGACAUGUCGUGCCGGUCCCGGCUGGCCACCCUGAAUGAGAAGCUGACGGCGCUGGAGCGCAGGAUCGAGUACAUCGAAGCCCGGGUCACCAAGGGGGAGACGCUGACAUAGGCCCGGGGCGGCCCCGGCCCCCCGCCGGAGCACCGCCGCCCCCCACCCCGCUCGGGGCCCGCCGCCACCGCCGCCGCCUCUACUCGUGUUGCCAAUAAACCGCUGUGCUCCUGC